CGUCAGGAGUCAGUCAGAGUGGUUCUUGAGUUUCCAUUAGCCAAAGUGCUGGCUUACAAGUCAGCCAGCAGGCUCAACUCACGCCGAAGGAUUAUGAGAUCCUCCAAGCAAAAGAACUUCAGGAUGAGUUGCAGCGGUAGUUGGACGAAGCAGAGGAGAGGAGAAGGAGAGCUAUAAUGAGGAAAGCUAGACUAGGUAGUAGAUUGCAGGAGCUAGGCAAGCUAGAAGCACUAGAUGAGUCCACAUUAGAUCCCGCUAUGCAAGCACUGCGGAAUUCGCUCAUGUGUGUCGCGGAGACGCAGGUUGUUCAGCAGGAAGUGUUGGCUGAACUAGUGGCAGGCCAGAAACGAAUUCUGGUUGCACUACAGGCUCCUCGUCCAGUGAUGAGGCAGCCUCGAUUUGGUGUAGCUCCCCCUUCGGGUGCGGGUCCAUCAGUGACGCCGUCGCCGGUAGGGCCUUCAUUCUCACCUAUGUUUGGUAUGCCCCCUCCAGGUGGUUAUGUGGCAACUAGUGGUCGGGUCCUUAGUGUCUCAGUCGUAUCAUCGACGACAGUGGUUACUACAGUCCCACUGUCAAGCCAGGCGGAGGCCCAGACAUUGGAAGAGUUCGUACGGUUCGUGUACAAUAGGUGGCAUGACCCUCAAGGGGCCCAAAAGGCCAUAGAUACGAUUAACAGUCCUGGUGCCAAAAGGUACAAGAAUGUUAGAGAGCUCACGGAUACCGUAGAACGUCUGCUCGUAGUACCUGGUGUGCGCUAUGAUCAGCAGGUACUUACGGCUUACCUUAGAUGUCUACCUUCAGAGGUUAGGACAAAGCUGGUAGACGAGGCCUAUGUCGAACAACACAACUUCACUUCAUGCAGCAAGAAGGCCUUGGACAUAGAGGCAAAAUUGGGAUCUGCGCAUCAGAGUCAGGGAGAUGGUAGGAAGAAGAGACUUCCCCAAAACUGGAAGAAGAAGGGUCAGUUAAUGUUCGUUGACCACGAUGGUCAAACGACGGAGAUUGACGAGUUCCCAAAUUUAGGGGAUGAGACAGAGCAUGAUGGGGCCGGCGAGACUUCGGAUGGGGGAGUCGUGGCACCCAUCAAGGAAAAGGCUAGGGGGACCGCGAAGAAGAAGCACGCGAUGAACAUGAUAUUUCAUGAUUACUUAGACAAGUUUAUCGUCGUGUACCUCGACGAUAUUCUUAUCGUUAGUGGGACUGUAGAGGAUCAUAUUGAGCACUUGAAAAUAGUGCUAGGUCUCCUAAGACAGCACCAGUACAAGGUUAUCUUCGAGAAAUGCGAGUUCGAUUGCUCCAAAAUCUUGUACUUGGGUCAUGAAAUCUCAGCGGAGGGAUUGAGGCCAGAUGAUGCUAAGGUGGCCAGCAUGGGACUUGUUCUCUUUGGAAGCAGUGACAUCAUGAAAAGACUGGUUCAUAUCAUGCAUGACGAGAAUGAUUCGCACACGAUCACAAUCACAGCCAGUGAGAGGGCACUAUCGCAAAGCUGCAACCGUGUGCCUAGCUCAGUGGUUUGCAAUUUUAUUUUGCUCCAAAUGGUGUGUAUCAUCAUAUUCUUUGCGAUAUCGCGAACUUCUUGGUCAGUAAUCUCGAUGCUGCUGCUGGUCGUGCUUCUGAUUCUCCGGCAAUGGAUUCUUUCCAGGGCCUUCUGCCCAGACGACCUGGAAUAUUUGGAUCGUCCUGCCCUCUAUUUUCACCUCGGGGUUGAUUCACCCAAUGCGGGAUAUGCUGAUAUCAACAAUCCGGUACUGGAACCCAGCCCUCUUGGCAUCCUUUCUCCUCCGGUGGACCAUCCAGGCCAUGGUUUUGACGGGGGAACGGCUUCGUACCAGAAUGCUGCACCAGUGCAGGAUGCUCUGGCCUCGGGCACUGCCCAUUCAUCUCACUCUGUCCCACUUAUGUCUGCAAGCGAGUACUACAGUCACCAGCGGCUGGAGCGGGUUCGUGAGUCAAGGCCACGGCGGACUGCAGGGCACAGCACCAAACGACGAAGAAUCACUCACCCAGAUCCUGAUAUUGGGAGCACCAUAACUUCUGGAGUUCGAAGCCAGUUUGCUGUUACACCUGAUGGCGACCCAGGCGAUGUUCAAGGUUCUACACGGGUGCACAUUAGGGCCCUCCGACGACGGAUAAGAAAGAAUAGGAAGUUUUCGCAUGGUAUUGCCAAAUCAGCCAAUCGGGCACACUCAUGGGAAUUCCCUAUUAGUAAUGGUGCUCCAGGAUGGUCUCCAUACAGUUCAGAGGAACUGAGAAAUGUUUGUGACCCCUUGCGACAGAGAAGAUUUGCUCACAGUGUAGCACACCAUACGUCAAAGGUGUUUCAGCUACAUUCGCCAUCUGCACCAAGCUCUGCACGAAAGGUUGUGCUCACACCUGCGGGAGGACCUGGGAUGACGGCCACCCCAGCAGUAACAGGGGACCCACACUAUCAGGCAGAGGAUGCAGAAGAGACUGUAAUCAAGCAGAAGAGGACACAGCAAGAAAAGGAGGCUGAAGGCAUCAGGGGACCUUGUGGGCCUCAGUAUGUUUCAGAGAUAGACGUGCUGACAAAGAAGCUGACUCCUAAGCACCCUGCUGAAAAGGAUGGCAAACAGGUUGCCGAUCGCAGCAGUGGCCUUGAGGGGCAGUUAGCAGAUGAUGUUGAUUCCUACGGGAGGGGAUGGUACACUAAUGUCUUGUAUGAGCCACGGAGACCCAUGCGGCGCUUGGACUCAUCGCCGCAGUCACCCACUACACUGUUACCCGAUUCAGGUGAGGAGUUUGUGUACUACUGCCCCCUCUAUAAGUCCGACCCUAAUGCACUUUCAUUGUCCUACGGGUCUGCCUCAUCAUGUGGUGAGGAGGGAGGUUCAGGGUCGCUGCGGUCAAACCUUGGUGGAAGCUUGAGCCAUGCCGAGAUCUUUCUCAAGGACAUGCUGAGGUGGGAUGGUGAGGACGAAUCAAGCUCCCACAGUGCACGGUGGUCCCAACAUCAGCUCCGUCAGUAUCCAUCACCACAGUCCUGUAACAUGUCUGCUAGCCCUGGGGAGGAUGGUCAAAAUCAUUUGACGCUUCCGGGCAUUGACUCUGGCAGUGAGAUGGAUGGGCUGCAUCCGGAUGAGCAACACACAUGGGCAACUCGAUAUUCUCCCUCGCCACUUGGCAGAGCACCUUCCUCUGGCCCAAUUCUGUCCAAUCGUCCCCAAUCCCAGUCUUCUUCUGCUCCUCGCGCGUCAUCCCCCCUUCGACGAGCAUCAUCUCCCCAUAUGCGGGUGCAGUCGCCUCGUGGUCAGUCACCAUCCCCACUAGCUCGUGCUGUGCUAAGCAGGUCGCCUGGUGGCAGUGGCACAAGGCUUCCUCCUAAAGCGAAGGUCAGUGCAGCAGGGAUGGACAGAUCAAGACUGUGGACUUACAGCCCCACUGUGCAGGGAGGUGAACAGGCUAGCCGGUCAAGCGCUGUACCUUGCCAGGGUGCGAAUGUUGCAGAAAAGGAAGAGGAUUCAGUGGGUGAAUCACCAAAGCCAUCAUGGUGGAAGCCCCCAGCCAAACCUUCUUUGGACUUCGUCAUGAAAUCCUUGAAUCCUCCUCCUAUUCGCAUUCGACUUGCUGAUUCUCUGGGAUCUGCGGUCGUAGACCCACCAGAGCUGGCGGCAGACUUUCGCUUGUCUCCAAGCCAGAGAACACAGGACGUGGAUGAAAGUGUUGGAUUUGAGGUGAGGUCCUGCCUUGGAGGCCAAACACCUGUCUGCAGUACCUUGUCAACUCCACACCACACUGCCAUAGCACGGAACUCACAUAUGUCUGGAUUCACCUUCCCCAUGAGGGAAAGAAAACAGGGUUCCGCACCUGCUGUUCCGCUUGGUCAUGAGGUUCACUCGCAGAGCAUACAGGCGAAGAAGUCAAGGCUGGCACAUGAGCAUGGACAUAUUGAAGAGAGUAUUCUCAUAAUGGAUCAGCUGGUUGGUAGAGAUUCUGAAGUCCCUUUGUCUGCUCAAGGGUGGCGGACUUGUCAGCCUGUUAAGGAAGGGUUGGUAGAAGAUUCCACCCAGCCACUCUUUUUGCCAGCAUGUAAGAAACGGGGAAAAGAAGCUCUUUGCGGAUAGUUCCCCUUUUUUCCUUUGGACUGCACCAAACUGCUAUCUUUAGCCAGCAUUUAAAUGAGAUUAUCUAUUAUGAAGGCUGGCUUGGGUAUUCAAAGAAUGACGAUGUGGAGGGAAGACAAUCAUGAUCGCCCGCAAAGUACAGAUGUGUUACGACUGUAAACAAUGAGAGUACAGGAGACGAUGCAGAGUGGAGGGAAGUGACGGACAUCAUGGGAGCUUAGCUUGGAUGCCAACCAUCACAGUCGCAAGGAAUACCAGGCUAUGAGUCCUGGACUCGUACAACAUGUGCAAGGAGGAGGUUGGAGAAGAGGAAGGCAAACAGGCUGAGGAGCUGGAAGGGCUGAGCAGACGCUGUAAUCGCCUCCAUGUUAUGUGAGCAGAAGAUCAAGUGACACAAGGAGGACAGGAUAACCUAAUCGGAGGGAGAGAUGUGGGUCCCGUCAGGGAACGGCAGGAAACAAAGCAUGUUAAGAAGGUUCACAGGAAGGACAGCACAGACCAUGGCAAAACUACAGGUUUGAAAAAUCAGGAAAAGGUAGGAGGGCUACGGCAGGUUGACAGAGGCCCUGCUGUUUUAUGAGGCAGACAAUGGGAUCUGUGAUGUCCCACUUAACUAGACGUAAUAUAUCAGUAGAGAGGAUUGCCAGGAGGUUAGGGAGGAGGAUUUUCUAAGCUUCUCUCUGGAUCCCAACCAUGGCAUGGAAAUGGCAUACGGAGUGAGCAUUUUCAGUAAAUUGUACGAUUGCUGGUGGAAAAAUGAACUGGGUAGUCCCCCCCAUCCGGAAUGGGGAUGGUGUAAGUUUCUUCAGAACAGAAAAGACAAUACUGGUCGUCCUAUGUAUCAGAUCCACUUAGACGACCAAUUUUUGCACUUGUCUACGUGUACUACUAGUGUUCCUGAGCCAGUCUGUUCCUAAGGUGGAGGGAGUGUCUGGAGGAGCACCAACAUAGAGGAUGGGGGUUGUAGACUUGUAGUGUGUUAUUUUUUUGUAAGCACCACGGCGCAGCAGCGGGAGGCGGGAUAGAGAGGCGAUAUGGCAGGGAGUUGUCCCAGUUGUUCAAUUUAUUUGCAGUUUUGUCUUAAUUAAACUUCUCUCUUGGACUCCAUGACAUGUAGUAGAAGAGCCAUAAAGUAGCAGCAUCAUUUAACGCACGAUUUGUAACCCUAAAAAUCUGUGCAGUUUUGACUGCUCACUAUGAUUUCCGAACCUUACCGUUGAUCUGAGUGUUGACAGUGACUAUGCUUGUUGGAGGUAAUGAUGAUGAUGAUGAUGAUGAUGAUUAUGGCAACAACGGAAAUGAUUGAUGAGGGGGGAUGACCAGAAUGAAAUAUUGAUGAUGAUGAUGAUGAUGAUGAUGAUGAUGAUGGCAACAACAACAAAACAAGGAUGAUGAUGAUGAUGGUGAUGAUGAUUGGGGGCAUGCUGCUGAUGCAAUUGGCACAGUUGGGUUAAUGAAAGUUCAUUCAACAU